GGAUAUUGUUCCAAGGUCAUUCUGUGUCCUUGUUUGUGAGUAAAAAUUAGGGACAUUAAUAAUGUUUCUUCGCAAAAGAAAAUUUUACCUGAUUGGAUAGCUAACUGAGAUGUCAUUUCAUUAUUACUCAUAUGGAAUUCGUUGUGCACACUGGCUAUUAGCUCGAAUCAGUCUUUUUCAAUCAGUUUGUAUGUUAUUAUGGUUAGGUGAACGGGCUUAUCAUGAAACAGAGCCACCUAUACAUCCAUGGAUGGUAUAUGCGUAUAUUGGUUCUGGCUUGAUCGCAUCAACUGGAAUUACCAGUCGUUUCUUAACACGUUUAUCAUUGACUAUAAUUCUCCUAAGUCAGCUGUACAUAGCAUAUGUGUUUUGUUUAGAAAAACGUCUAGGCUAUUCAAAAUGUAUACGUGCUCGAAUUGGUUUGAGGUGUUUGACUGCAAUUGGUGUGUAUUUCCGUUUGCUCGGAUUGAAUGCUUAUAAUGAUCGUGAUGAUAAAUUAAAACAGACAGAGUUGCAUAAUAAUGAUCAUCACAUUGAUCAACUACACAAAAUCAAGUCAAAUACGACAAGUGUUUAUGCUUUCGGUUUAACUAUAAUGUCUGUAUCAUUAUGUUUAUUAAGUAUAUUCUGUAUACCUGUAGAAUUAUUCCAAUUAGAUAAAGAUGUUCAAUUGACAGAAAUCAGUUCUACAGUAAUUCUAUCAAUGGAUAGUUGUUUGUCAAAAUUGUUAAGUGUAAUUUUGGGUAUAUGUUUGUUCACAUCUAGUAUCAUCUAUUCCAUUCCUGUGAUAAUACAUGAUCGAUUUUUCCCGAACAAUACAUUUUCUUACAAAAAUUAUUUAUUCCGAUUUGCGGAUUAUCUUAUAGGAUUUUCUUUUUUACUCAUAUCUUUAAUUCGUGAUUGUAAUUUUAACUAUUGGCAUAUUAAAGGAUGUGAAUUUUGGUUGGAAAUAUAUGUACUUCUAGAGAAUGCUACAAUUCUCCUAGGUAUUUUCGUGAUAAAUAAUUUGCUUACUAGCAACGAUGUGAGUAGUAUAGAUGAGAAGAGUUCGAAAACAUUGAAGGCGAAUUGUAAACCAUUCAAAAGUCAAUAGAUGUUGUGUGUAAAUAAGAGAGUUUUUUCAGUCUAUUGCUUAUACUACUUCAGUUCUGUUUUUUAUCUUAUUCGAGGAAUUUGUUCAUUUUUAAAUGAUAAAUUUUCUUGUGAAAGAAAAAAGCACUAAAUUAAAUCAUAGACAAUAUUCUGUAAAAUAUGAUGAAUAUUCGUUUGGAUUUCUUUGCUACAAAAAAGCUAAUGGGUAUCAUUAAUUUUGAAACUUUAAUAAAUCGUAACUUACUAAUUUGCUGAUAAAUCAUCUAUCAAAGAAGAAUGAAUUAUUUGAACUGGAAAAUCGCAAUAUAGUUUGCAGAGAAUGGUUCUGUUAAAAAAUAAUAGAAUAUUGGGGAUUAUUAUACUACUUA